AUCAGCUUCAAGUAUUAAAGAUACCUAGGUAACUAUGUAGGAAAAAUGACGCAGAGCACAAGAUUUACCUCCGGAGAUUUGCGUUACCAAAAGCAGAUAAUCCCAACAUUGUUGCUAAACGCUAGAACCACCUUCUAGGUAUAUCAUAGGUAUUCGCUAUUAAGCUUAAGCGCUACUAGGCUUAGGUUAGGUACCUAGGUAGUCAAAGAUUACUAACCUACCUUAACGAGGACCCGAGCCAAAAGUUUUACACAUUCUCAAUUCCCAGCACAGUAUUUUUCACAUUAUAACGAUAGCAGCGGGACAACGACUGUAAUACUAAAUAACGUAUUGCGUAAUACCGUGCAACAACUCCUUGUGACACAUAGCAACACUUAAAUCAACCCUCCAAAACUUUCAAUCCCGACCAUCUUAAGCUACGUGUACUAAGUUACAUUGGGUUAGGAAAUUUACGGUUCGCCAACAAAAAUAUCGACCCGGUGUGGGGCAACUCUUAUACAACUUCUCGGGCCGUUAUAAGAGGGGACCUUUAUUUCCCUUAUUUCCUCCCUUCGUACCUUAAGUCCAGAAACAUAUCCUAAGACAUCUCUUGGGACAUACUUUAUUAGUUGAACAUUCAACACCGCGUCGACAAGAUGGCUAAGAGAACUACUCUUAAGGAAUUCGAGUCUGUCUUCCCCAAGCUCGAGGAGGAUAUCCUGGCUUGGGCGAAGCAAUACAACUUGCCUCAGCAGCAGCAAGAUUGGUACAAGAAGAUGCUCCAAGAAAACGCGGUUGGCGGAAAAUGCAACCGUGGAAUGUCAGUUCCCGACUCGGUGUCUAUCCUUCUCGGCAAGGAACUGUCCGAAGAGCAGUAUUUUCAAGCUGCCACUCUAGGCUGGUUGAUUGAGUUUCUUCAAGCCAUGUUCCUCGUCGCCGACGAUAUCAUGGAUAGUAGUAUCACCCGACGUGGGAAGCCAUGCUGGUAUCGCCAGGAAGGUGUCGGUAUGGUUGCUAUCAACGAUUCUUUCAUACUCGAGUCUGCCAUCUACACCUUACUCAAGAAGCACUUCAAGACUCACCCCUCUUACAUCGACAUGGUGGAGCUAUUUCACGAAGUAGCACUGCAAACCGAGCUCGGCCAGCUCUGCGAUCUUCUCACAGCUCCGGAGGAUGUUGUGAACCUCGACAACUUCAGCUUAGAGAAGUAUACCUUUAUCGUCAUCCACAAGACAGCGUAUUACAGCUUCUACCUUCCCGUUGCUCUGGCGCUGCACAUGCUCAACAUCGCGACCCCUAAGAACUUGGAGCAAGCUCGUAACAUCCUCAUUCCCAUGGGCGAGUACUUCCAGAUCCAAGAUGACUACCUGGACAACUUCGGUCUUCCGGAGCACAUCGGCAAGAUCGGAACCGAUAUCCAGGAUAACAAAUGCUCUUGGCUCGUCAACCAAGCCCUAAAGUUAGCUACUCCUGAGCAGCGUAAGACGCUCGAGGAACACUACGGCAGGAAGGACAAGGCCCACGAGGCCGAGAUCAAGAAGCUCUACAACGAAAUGAAGCUCGAUAAACUGUACGAGGACUACGAGGAGAAGACCGUCGGCGAGAUUAAACGGUUGAUCUCUCAUUUGGACGAGAGUGAAGGAUUGAAGAAGGGUGUCUUCGAAGAGUUCUUACGGAAAAUCUACAAGCGAAGCAAAUAGAGGAGUCGAAAUGAAGGAACGGAGCUUACGAAAUCUAUCCGAUAAUCGAAUCAACUGGUAAAGGGUAUAUCUAAGACGACGCAGGAGGAAUUCUUCGAAAUGACUGUAGAUUUCUAACUAGGCAGCGACCUGAAUAAUACCCUUGAAAUUUACAGUUCGAUGUGUUUUACUUGCAUUCUCACGAAGCAUAGGUCACUCACUAUCAUUAGGUGGUCCGGAAAGGAAGACUCCACGCGUUACUCUUUUACUCGACCAAGGCCAUUCUGCUCGCGGAGUUGGAAAUUGAGAGGGGCCCUCUUCCACAACAUUAGGUAUACAUUCCCACAGAACUAAUUCGGUCUUCGGAGUUUUACACUGCCAAAAUCAAAUACGAAUCAACUUCGCUACGGCAAUCCGCAUCUCGAGAUUAGCUUGUGCGAUGCCCGCGCA